AUGAAGCUCAACAAUGAGACGGUGACGAUCGAGCUCAAGAACGGCACAGUCGUCAACGGCACCAUCACCGGUGCGUUUGGCCAUGCAGCCAGCGAGGACACCAUGCAACAUCCGCAACCUCGUACUUAAUCAACUCUGCAUCCUUUUCGCAGGUGUCGACCUCUCGAUGAACACGCACUUGAAGGCGGUCAAGAUGACCGUGCGCAACCAGGAACCCCAAUCGCUCGACUCGUUAGCGAUCCGAGGCAACAACGUGCGCUACUUCAUCCUCCCCGACUCGUUACCGUUGGACACGCUCUUGAUUGACGACGCACCGAAACCAAAGAAGCGAAAGGAUGUACGUGCUUUCAGCGUUGGAAGCGAGAGUCUGCGUUCAACUUCGAUUUGCUGACUUGGGCUCGCUUUUCGGUUUUCAGGGUGGCUCCGGAGCUGGUCGAGGACGCGUCAAGGAAGUGCUGCGAGGUGGUCGUGGUCGUGGCCGUGGCCGUGGUCGCGGUAGGGGGCUGUAG